GCCCCGCAGCCGCGUUGGUCAACUUCACAGAAUCCGUCCAAAGACUUGUGCGGUUCUGUGGUAUGAAGAAGAAUGUAACAGCGAUUGAAUUUAGUUCCUCAGAAGAGUUCUGAAGUUCCUGUUGCUUCAGACGAUGGAUGAGCAAUCACAAGGGAUGCAAGGGCCACCUGUUCCUCAGUUCCAACCGCAGAAGGCCUUACGACCGGAUAUGGGCUAUAAUACAUUAGCCAACUUUCGAAUAGAAAAGAAAAUUGGUCGCGGGCAAUUUAGUGAAGUUUAUAGAGCAGCCUGUCUCUUGGAUGGAGUACCAGUAGCUUUAAAAAAAGUGCAGAUAUUUGAUUUAAUGGACGCCAAAGCACGUGCUGAUUGUAUCAAAGAAAUAGAUCUCCUUAAGCAACUCAACCAUCCUAAUGUAAUUAAAUAUUAUGCAUCAUUCAUUGAAGAUAAUGAACUAAACAUAGUUUUGGAAUUAGCUGAUGCUGGUGAUCUAUCCAGAAUGAUAAAGCAUUUUAAGAAACAAAAGAGGCUAAUUCCUGAAAGGACCGUUUGGAAGUACUUCGUGCAGCUGUGCAGUGCCCUGGAGCACAUGCAUUCUCGACGAGUCAUGCACCGGGAUAUAAAACCAGCUAAUGUGUUCAUUACAGCCACUGGGGUCGUCAAACUUGGAGAUCUUGGGCUUGGUCGGUUUUUUAGCUCCAAAACCACAGCUGCACAUUCUUUAGUGGGUACACCUUAUUACAUGUCUCCAGAGAGAAUACAUGAAAAUGGGUACAACUUCAAAUCUGACAUCUGGUCCCUUGGCUGUCUACUGUAUGAGAUGGCGGCGUUACAGAGUCCUUUCUAUGGCGACAAAAUGAACUUGUACUCGCUGUGUAAGAAGAUAGAGCAGUGUGACUACCCACCUCUUCCUUCAGAUCACUAUUCAGAGGAGCUGCGGCAGUUGGUGAACAUGUGCAUCAACCCAGACCCAGAAAGGCGACCAGACAUCACAUAUGUGUACGACGUGGCCAAGAGGAUGCACGCCUGCAUGGCCAGCAGCUGAGCGCAUGGAUGGCGUGGAGGACGUAAGCAACCCAAGUUCAAGUAUUUCUGUGCAAAUCAUACCUCCCUGUUCUUGGGUGUUAAGAUUAAUAUUUCAGAGCUAGUGUGCUUUGAAUCCUUAACCAGUUUUCAUCUAAGCUUCAUUUUGUACCAAUUUAAGUCACCUUCUUGCAAACCCCAGUGACUUUGGAAUAAUCAGAUUGCGUGUUAGGAGAGCAAAUGGAACAUGAUGGUUUUUAAUGGCUAAAGACUUUUAGAAUUAUUUUGAGUUUUGUGCUGAUAAGUCGUGUUCAGGUAGACUCUCAGUGCCAAAUGUUGGCGGCUCGGCUUGGCCCCAUUGGGACAGACGUGCAGCCUGAGGAAGGUAUCUGAACAUGUGCCUUGUGUGCUGCUCUCCAGUCAUUUAUGGACAUUUGAGAUGAACCCAAUUGUGAACUUGUGAUUAUUUUUUUAGAAGUUUGAAGUAUGUGUGUUAGUUCUUAGCAUUGUAGCUUUCAAAUAGGGUUCUUAAAGAUAAAUGUAGACAUAUGAACUAUUUGAGAAGCAUUUAAAACUCUCAUAGAUUUAAAAUAGCUUAUACAUUCAAAAUGCAACUAUUAAAUGUGAAAAGAUUUGGGGAUAAAAUGUGAGUCAGACACUGAAGAGUUUUCUGCUUUAUUUUGUUUUAUUUUAAUAUCUUUGAAAUUCUCCUUGCAUUAAAAUGGUAUAAAUGAAUACAUUUAAAAAGUGGUUAAGGAUUUGUUUGGCUGGUGUGGUAGUAAUUUUCCAAGUUGCACAUUGCCCAAGGCUUUUUUGUGUGUUUUUACUAUUGUUUGUACAUUUGAAAAAUAUUCUUCGAAUAAUCCUGCAGUACUAUUUUCAAUUUCUUUAUAAAUUUAAAUGCUCUACUCAUGAUUGUACACUAUAGUGUAAGCAUAUGUUUUUAUUCAUAGAUUUUAUUGAAGUUCUGAUUGAUCCCCUUCCGAAAUUUUUUUUUAUUCUUCAAGUUACUUUCCUAUUUAUAUUGUACGUGCCUUUUAUCCACUAAUGUUUCAGAUUUUCUGACAACAUAAUAACCUUUAAAUAUUUGAUGUACCAACACUUUUCCUGGAUUGAAAACAUUUUUUUCAAUUUUGAAAAUUUGGGCCACUGUAUAUGCACGUGCAUUGUCUUGUUAGAAAGAGGGAUGUGCAUUGUACUGUAGCUGUGAAUGUUGAUGCUGUUUCAAUUUAUCCGACAAGGUUGUAACUUGAGAAUAUGUUUAAAGAAAUGAAAACUGGCCACUACCACAAACAGAAUUUUUAUGAGCUAAACAUUUCUAUUGAGAAGCUUUUAGGCAAAGUACUGUGUUCAUGCAUAAAGAUAACAGAGGUGGUAACACUUCGUUUAGUUUAAGGAAAUGGACAGAGUUUAGUAAAUGCUGUCAUGGAGAUGUUUUCCCUGAAUGCCUUCAUGUUAGUGGUGACCAGCUCCUCUCAGAGUUGUGAAGCCAAAAGGCUGCAUGGCAGUCACUGCCUAAGGACGCUAUGCCACCAUGUAACCUUGGGACAAUAAUCCUGCCAACAGGAAACCCUCAUGCUCAGAGAACACCUACCUUUAGCCCAUAUAACUGCUGGUUUUAUUUUUUCCACAGAAGUAUUUUUCUUACAAUCAUUUGUAAACUUUAAAAAUGUACAAAGGGCAAAAGUGUAAACUUUUUUUCUAAAUUUAGUCAGCUACAGUAUCUUAAUCAGUUCUGAAUGGAGGGUAAUUUUAUCCCGGGACAGACAGAGGAGAGCUGGUCAUUCCAUAUGUGAGGGCCGGACAUGCCGUUUCUCCCAGAUUCUGGUGACUUUGACUGCACUGGACGCCCGCACCCUCCUUCUCCAGAGUGACGAGGGGAAUUGUUUCUGUUGACCGUUAGUGUCAUGUUCAUUUUAAUGUAAUAUGAUUCAUGGAGAUGAAAUGUUCUCUAGUUGGAACAGAUACACUCCUUUUUCUUGCAAUCUUUAAAGAUACAUGGAUCUAAAAGUCAUCAGCUUAACCUCUCACAGGACUUCUAAGCAAAGAUUUAAACUUUUCGUUUAAGUGAAUCUAUCUGCUGGAAGGAAAUAGUUGGGAAGAAUUUAUUGAUCAGGGAAAUCCAUUAUUGUUUUCUACAUAUGGAAACUUUUUGUUUUGGAUAUUGUAUCUUUAAGUGUUCAUAUUUUUCUUGCAGAAACCACUGCACAUAACAAAUUUUAAUUUUGAAUGGGAUCAUUUCAAAGAAUUAUGAAGAUGAUUAAUUUUUAUAAUCACCUGUAAAAUGUUCUUUGUAUUUCUGUUUAUAAGUAAAUUUUGUAUUGAUUAAGUAAAACAUUUGAGUUGAUAUGAGGAACAGUAAAAUGAAAGGUCCAUCUGAUCAUAACCCUUAUUUUAGACUUUGGUACUAGUUCCCCAGGACACAACAUGGGGUGACUUUGUUUCAUAUGCUGAGGUUUAGGAAUGGUGGAUGAAGCAUAUCUCUGUAUAAAUAAAGCACUCAGCAAUGUGCAAUGAUUGUGAAUUUAGUAAGACAGGACAGCCACUUCAUGACCGCUUACCAUUCUACAUAGUGUCUAUUACAAAACACCAUUCUUGUAUCAAUAUACACUUCAGGUGUUACUGUUAACACCUGCAUAUUUAUUUUAACCAAAAUGUUAUUCAUAUUAAAUGUUUUUCUUUAAAAUGAAUGUAUUAUGUUUAUAACCCACGAAUGCAUCAUUAUCAUAUGCCUAUUUCAAUAGUACUGUAAUAUGGACUUCUUUUGUGAAGUACUUUUGUUUUGUUAUGCUACCAAUACACAUACUAAAAAGACUCAGUUGUUAGCUUUGAAAAUUGUAUAA